GCCGCUGCCGCCGGGGGGAGAAGAUGGCGGAGGGAGGCGCGGCGGAUCUGGAGACCCAGCGCUCGGACGUCGCGGCGCUGCUCAAAACCGCCCUGCGCAAGGGCGACACCUGGUAUUUAGUGGAUAGUCGCUGGUUCAAACAGUGGAAAAAAUAUGUUGGGUUUGACAGCUGGGACAAAUACCAGAUGGGAGAUCAGAAUGUGUACCCUGGUCCCAUUGAUAAUUCUGGACUUCUCAAAGAUGGUGACUCUCAGUCUCUCAAGGAGCAUCUCAUUGAUGAGCUGGACUACAUCCUUUUGCCAACUGAAGGCUGGAAUAAACUAGUUAGCUGGUACACACUGAUGGAAGGUCAGGAGCCAAUAGCACGCAAGGUGGUUGAACAGGGUAUGUUUGUAAAGCACUGCAAAGUAGAAGUAUAUCUAACAGAAUUAAAGCUGUGUGAAAAUGGAAACAUGAACAAUGUUGUGACACGAAGAUUUAGUAAAGCUGAUACGAUAGAUACAAUUGAAAAAGAGAUAAGAAAAAUCUUCAAUAUUCCAAAUGAAAAAGAGACCAGAUUGUGGAACAAAUACAUGAGUAAUACAUUUGAACCACUGAAUAAACCAGACAGUACCAUACAGGAUGCUGGUUUAUACCAGGGACAGGUACUAGUGAUAGAACAAAAAAAUGAAGAUGGAACAUGGCCACGAGGUCCUUCGACUCCUAAGUCCCCAGGUGCAUCCAAUUUUUCAACUUUACCAAAGAUCUCUCCAUCUCUAUCAAAUAAUUAUAACAACAUCAACAACAGAAAUGUGAAAAAUUCAAACUAUUGCCUCCCAUCAUACACUGCAUAUAAGAACUAUGAUUAUUCAGAGCCAGGAAGACACAAUGAGCAGCCUGGCCUCUGUGGCCUAAGUAACUUGGGAAAUACGUGUUUCAUGAACUCAGCAAUUCAGUGUCUGAGCAACACCCCUCCACUAACAGAAUACUUCCUAAAUGACAAAUAUCAGGACGAGCUAAAUUUUGACAAUCCUUUAGGAAUGCGAGGUGAAAUAGCAAAAGCUUAUGCAGAGCUCAUCAAGCAAAUGUGGUCAGGAAAAUACAGCUACGUCACACCAAGAGCAUUUAAGACACAAGUGGGACGAUUUGCACCUCAGUUUUCUGGAUAUCAGCAACAAGACUGUCAAGAACUUCUAGCUUUUCUCUUAGAUGGUUUACAUGAGGAUUUGAAUCGGAUUAGGAAAAAGCCUUAUAUUCAAUUAAAGGAUGCAGAUGGAAGGCCGGACAAGGUGGUUGCUGAGGAAGCCUGGGAGAACCAUUUAAAGAGAAAUGAUUCCAUCAUUGUAGAUAUAUUUCAUGGUCUUUUUAAAUCCACCCUUGUUUGUCCUGAAUGCGCUAAGAUUUCUGUAACCUUUGAUCCCUUUUGUUACUUGACACUUCCAUUACCCAUGAAAAAAGAUCGCACUUUGGAAGUUUAUUUAGUUAGAAUGGAUCCACUUACUAAACCUAUGCAGUACAAAGUAGUUGUUCUGAAAAUUGGAAAUAUACUGGACCUUUGCACAGCACUGUCAACAUUGUCUGGUGUUGCUGCAGAUAAGAUGAUAGUUACUGAUAUAUACAAUCAUAGGUUCCACAGAAUAUUUGCUAUGGAUGAAAAUUUGAGUAGUAUUAUGGAACGCGAUGACAUCUAUGUAUUUGAAAUCGCUAUCAACAGAACAGAGGAUACAGAGCAAGUCAUAAUUCCUGUUUGUUUAAGGGAAAAGUAUAGACACACCAGUUACAGCCACCAUAGUGGUUCUUCGCUGUUUGGUCAACCUUUUCUUAUAACAGUGCCUAGAAACAAUACUGAAGAUAAACUGUAUAACCUUCUGCUGUUGAGAAUGUGCCGAUAUGUGAAAACAUGUACUGAAAGUGAAGACACUGAAGGAUCCCUACACUGCUGUAAGGACCAUGGUAUCAAUGGUAAUGGCCCAAAUGGAAUACAUGAAGAAGGAUCCCCAAGUGAAAUGGAGACAGAUGAACAAGAUGAUGAAUCCAGCCAAGAUCAGGAACUUCCUUCAGAGAAUGAAAACAGCCAAUCAGAAGACUCAGUUGGAGGAGACAAUGAUUCUGAAAAUGGAUUGUGUACUGAGGAAACUUGCAAAGGUCAACUACUCAUGGGACACAAAAAACGAUUGUUUACAUUCCAGUUCAACAAUUUAGGCAGUACUGACAUCAACUAUAUCAAAGAUGACACCAGACAUAUUAGAUUUGAUGAUAGGCAACCUAGGCUUGAUGAAAGAUCUUUUCUUGCUUUGGAUUGGGAUCCUGAAAUGAAAAAAAGAUACUUUGAUGAUAAUGCAGCAGAGGAUUUUGAAAAACAUGAAAGUGUGGAAUAUAAACCUCCAAAAAAGCCCUUUGUGAAAUUAAAAGAUUGCAUUGAACUAUUUACAACAAAGGAGAAACUAGGUGCUGAAGAUCCAUGGUAUUGUCCAAACUGUAAAGAACAUCAGCAAGCAACCAAAAAGUUAGAUUUGUGGUCACUGCCCCCAGUACUGGUAGUACAUCUAAAGCGCUUUUCUUACAGUAGAUAUAUGAGGGACAAGCUGGAUACACUGGUUGAUUUUCCAAUAAAUGACUUGGAUAUGUCAGAGUUCCUUAUUAAUCCAAAUGCAGGGCCUUGCCGCUAUAAUUUGAUUGCUGUGUCCAACCACUAUGGAGGAAUGGGAGGAGGGCAUUAUACUGCUUUUGCAAAAAAUAAAGAUGAUGGAAAAUGGUACUACUUUGAUGACAGUAGUGUAUCAACUGCAUCUGAGGACCAAAUAGUGUCCAAAGCAGCAUAUGUGCUCUUCUACCAGAGACAGGACACUAUCAGUGGAACUGGGUUUUUCCCUCUUGACCGGGAAACUAAACAAUGUGCUUCAGCUGCCACAGGCGUCCCAUUAGAGAGCGAUGAAGACAGCAAUGAGAAUGAGAAUGAUAUAGAAAAUGAAAAUUGUAUGCACACUAACUAA